AUGCAUCCUUCUAGACAAGCUUACGUGGAGGAGGCCAAAGAAGAUACAGGUAUAGAUCUUGCAGAUGUACCUCUCGACCGCGACUAUGAUAUGCCAUCCGCAACCGCUGGCAUUGCUCCCGAACGUGCCAGCGCAAUUCUUUCUCAAUUCGAUCGCAAACGUCGCGCAGCCGCUAUAGCGGUCCCCACCGAUGAUGGACGCGUGCGCGCACGACUUAGAGAAAUGGGUGAGCCUAUCACAUUGUUUGGAGAAGGGCCAGGUGAUAGGAGAGAUCGAUUACGACAGUUGUUGACGAUCGAGAGUGAGAUGAAGGCGGAAGAAGAUGGAGCGGAUGAAGAUGGUGAUGUGGAAAUGGGGGAGGCAGGUAAAGAUGAGGAAGCUGAAGAGGAAUUCUAUACUAGAGGCACGAAGGAAUUGCUAGAUGCGAGGAUAGAUAUUGCGAAGUUUUCAUUGCCGAGGGCUAAGAAGAGGAUGGAGAUCCAGAAGAUCGAGAAGGACAUUCCAUUGAGGACUCAUAUUAAGUUCAGACAUGGCGUGAAGGAGAGACUCAAGGAUUUCGAGCUUCAGGGAAGUCAAAUGGCGGCCGAGAGACCAGUCAGUAUUGUGAGAAUUUCGCCAAAUGGAGAAUUGGUCGCAGCUGGCAAUUGGGGAGGUGGAAUCAAGCUACUUGGAAUACCGGAUCUGGAAAUUAAAAAGUCACUAAGGGGCCAUACAGAUAGGGUGGGUGGAAUUUCCUGGGCACCAGGUGCCACGAUAGAAGGAUCAAAUGUUUCCCUCGGAAGCGUUAACCUUGCAUCAGGAGGAGCAGAAGGAAAAGUCCAUUUAUGGAAUCUGGAGCAAGAUACACCUGUUUCAACACUCGCGGGACACAAUCAGAGAGUUUGCCGAGUGGAAUUUCACCCAUCGGGGAAAUAUGUCGCAUCCGCAUCCGAGGAUACGACAUGGAGACUUUGGGACGUCGAAACCACUACGGAACUUUUACUUCAAGAGGGACAUUCAAGAGGUGUUUUCUGUCUCAGUUUCAACGGCGAUGGAUCACUUUUAGCAAGUGCAGGAAUGGACAGUAUUGGACGUAUCUGGGAUCUCAGAACAGGCCGUACAGUCAUGAUCUUAGAUGGACAUAUCAAACCCAUCUAUGCGCUCGACUGGUCUACCGAUGGUCACCGUGUUCUGUCUGGAUCUGGCGACGGUUGGGUCAAAUGCUGGGAUGUGAGGAAAGUUGCAAGUACUGGUGCCGUGGGUGCACAUCGUAGUGUGGUUUCUGAUUUGAGAUGGUUCAAAGGGAUGGAUGCAGAAUCAUUGCCCGAGAAAGAUGAAAAAGGCGUAGGGAAACCGAGAAAAGCGGGAACAUUCUUUGUUUCCAGUGGUUUUGAUAAGGACGUCAAAAUCUUUUCGGCGGAUGACUGGGCCCUGGUACAGAGUUUGAGCGGACAUACAGGGAAUGUGCAUAGUUGUGACGUAGGUGCAGAUGGAAAAUGGAUCGUCAGCGGAGGAUAUGAUAGAACGGUGAAGUUAUGGGGAAGAAAUAACGGAGAGGGUGUUUAA